CGGGCGCCCGUCACCCCCCCCUACUCCGCACCUGCCCGCGCGGAGCCCCUUCCCCUGGAGCCGCCGGGAUGUUUUCCAGGAAGGGCCACGCCGAUGUCAGGAAAUCCACGCAGAAGGCGCUGGACCCCAAGCGGGACGUGCUCACCCGCCUCAAGCACCUCCGGGCGCUGCUGGAUAUUGUGGAUGGAAGUGACCUGAAGCAAUUUUUUGAGAACAAUUAUUCUCAGAUUUAUUUUAUAUUCUAUGAAAACUUCAUAACACUGGAAAACAGCUUGAAACAAAAAGGGAAUAAAUCACAAAGGGAGGAGCUGGACUCUAUUCUCUUUCUUUUUGAAAAAAUAUUGCAGCUGCUACCUGAGAGGAUUUUUUAUCGAUGGCAUUUUCGCAGUAUAGGGUCGAUUCUGAAGAAACUUUUGCACUCUGGGAAUUCUCUCAAGAUAAGGUGUGAAGGAAUCCGACUGUUUCUUCUCUGGCUUCAAGCGCUUCAAACUAACUGUGCGGAAGAGCAGAUAUUAAUAUUUGCAUGCCUUGUGCCUGGGUUUCCAUCCAUCGUGUCCUCACGAGGCCCAUGUACGCUAGAUAACCUCAUUAGUCCUCCUAAUUCACCAGAAGCUAAGAUUUUUCCAGAAGAAAUAACACCGCUUUUGCCAGCUCUCUCUGGAGAAAAAAAUCCUGAAGACCAAACCUGCUAUUUUCUUCAGCUUCUGUUAAAAUAUAUGGUAAUUCAGGCUGCAAGCUUAGAGUGGAAGAAUAAGGAGAACCAAGACACUGGUUUUAAGUUCCUCUUUACUUUGUUUAGGAAAUACUACCUUCCUCACUUGUUUCCAACUUUUACAAAGCUAACCAACCUCUAUAAACCUGUUCUUGAUAUUCCUGAUAUAAGACCAAGACCCGUAUACAUUACUGCAACACGAAACAAUGAAAAUGUCUACAGUGCAAAAAUCCCAUAUAUGGCAGCUCGAGUUGUUUUCAUUAAGUGGCUUGUUACCUUCUUUCUUGAAAAGAAAUAUUUAACAGCUGUUCAGAAUACAAAAAAUGGAGGAGAAAUGCUCCCUAAAAUUAUUCAGACUGUUGGUGUUGUAAACCAAGACAAAAAUGCAGAGCUAGAAACCAGUAUACCUUAUGCAAGCGAGCAAGAGAGAAGCCAUUCUAACAGCAGCACCUUGUCUGACAGAAGACUCAGCAAUUCCAGCCUCUGCAGCAUCGAAGAGCAGCACCGGAGUGUCUAUGAGAUGGUGCAGAGAAUCCUCUUAUCCACUCGAGGUUACGUUAACUUUGUUAAUGAGGUGUUUCGGCAAGCUUUUUUAUUGCCACCUUCUGAUAUAUCUGCAACACGAAAAGUGGUUAAAGUGUAUAGAAAGUGGAUAUUACAAGAGAAGCCUAUUUUCAUGGAGGAGCCAGAUAAAAAGGAAGACGGUCAGGAUGCUGUUGUCAACUUAGAGGAUUCAUCAGUGCAAACGGAUGGUAAACAUCUUUCCUCUGACCACGCAGGACAUAAACGCUCCUCCAGCUGGGGAAGAACAUACUCCUUUACCAGUGCUGUUAACAGAGGAUGUGUAUUAGAAGAUGAGGACAAAAAUGUUAAAGCUGGUGCUCAAGCUGCCUUACAGGUAUUUUUGACAAACUCUGCGAAUGUUUUCUUACUGGAACCAUGCGUUGAAGUCCCUGUGCUUCUGAAGGAGCAAGUUGAUGCUUGCAGAGCAGUUCUGAGUAUCUUUAGGCGCAUGAUAAUGGAAUUAUCAAUGAAUAGAAAGACAUGGGAACAGAUGUUACAGAUACUCCUUAAAAUAACAGAGGCUGUGAUGCAGAAGCCAAAAGAAAACCAAAUGAAGGAUACGUUUGCUCAAAGCAUGUCAGGAUUACUUUUCCGAACUCUCAUAGUGGCUUGGAUCAGAGCAAACCUGAGUGUUUACAUUUCUCGGGAGCUGUGGGAUGAGCUGCUCAGCGUUCUGUCCACCCUGACUGACUGGGAGGAGCUCAUAAAUGAGUGGGCCAAUAUCAUGGACUCUCUAACAGCAGUGCUAGCAAGAACAGUGUAUGGAGUGGAAAUGACCAACUUACCCUUGGAUAAGCUCAGCGAGCAGAAAGAAAAAAAGCAGAGAGGAAAAGGUGGUAUUUUAGAGCCUCAGAAGACAGCUGUAGUGGGUAGAUCUUUCUCAUUAAGCUGGAAAAGUCAUCCUGAAGUUGUGGAGCCAAUGAGGUUCAGAAGUGCUACAACCUCUGGAGCCCCAGGAGUUGAGAAAGCGAGAAAUAUUGUUCGUCAAAGAGCAACAGCUAAGCGAAGCCAGUCUAUCAGCAACUGUGUUCAUCUUUAUGAGGCUUUGCCAGCUACUAAAAGUGUACCUCUUCUGCUUCACACUGUGACCUCUCUCUUACCUGGUAUCUCUUACACUUCUUGCUCUCACAGGCUGUCAGAAGUUGAAGAAUCUCAACAGCUGGAAAACACAACAGGAACAGAAGUUACGGGCCUGUGUGUAGACCAAGAGCAGCAGCUAACUCGAAGUAGCAGCACAUCCGAUAUUGCAGAUCAGUUUCCAUGUGAUUUUUUUCAAGGUAAAAAGGCUGGAAGUUCUCAUAAUUUAACUUCUUCAGACUCCAAAUCAGUUCAGGAAAGUAAGGGAUAUACAAAGAAGGAACAUGAAGCUGAGCAAGAACUUAUACAAAGAAGCAGUAGCACAGCUGAAUUGGAUUUGAAAGCAGACUUGCAGCAAAUGCAUGGAAAUUAUAGAGAGAGAGAAAAAAGUGGAAGUGUUAGCAGUGAGGCAUCAAUUGGCUGUAAUAAUGAAGUAGAGAUGGCACUCCUCCCCUGGCAAGCUUCUGAAGAUGACCAUGAAGUUAAUGCAUCAGCAGAUGUUUGUGUGGAACCUGAUGCACCUCGCUGGCUUCAACUGAGUCCUUCAGAUGCUGCAAAUUUAACAGACAGCAGUGAAUUCCUUGCCGAUGACUGCAGUAUAAUUGCUGGUGGAAGCCUUAUUGGUUGGCAUCCUGAUUCUGCUGCUGUGUUAUGGAGGAGAAUAUUGGGAAUUCUUGGAGAUGUGAACAAUAUACAGUCACCUAAAAUCCAUGCAAAAGUUUUUGGGUAUCUUUAUGAGUUGUGGUUUAAACUUGCAAAGAUACGAGACAACCUUGCUAUAAGUGUGGAUAAUCAGUCUACUCCCUCUCCUCCUGUAUUAAUUCCUCCGCUCAGAAUAUUUGCAUCGUGGUUGUUCAAGGCAACCACCCUGCCAAGUGAAUAUAAGGAAGGCAAACUUCAGGCAUACAGGCUGAUCUGUGCUAUGAUGACAAGGCGUCAAGAUGUCCUGCCGAAUUCUGAUUUUCUGGUUCAUUUUUAUUUUGUGAUGCACCUUGGUUUAACAAGUGAAGACCAGGAUAUCUUAAAUACCGUCAUAAAGCACUGCCCACCUUGGUUUUUCUUCCUGGGCUUGCCUGGUUUUACGAUGCUGAUAGGAGACUUCAUUACAGCAGCGGCCAGGGUUCUGAGCACAGACAUGCUGGAGGCUCCCCGAUCAGAAGCUCACACCAUCCUUGGUUCUCUUGUUUGCUUUCCAAAUAUCUACCAAGAAAUCCCUCUCUUGCGGCCAGUUUCAGAAGCUGGUGAUAUCAUCGCAGGAACAGCAGAUGUAAAGUGCUACCUCAUAAAUAUUUUAUUGAAGAACGCCGCAGAGGAGCCAAGUGAAGCUGCAAGGUGCAUAGCCAUUUGUGGCCUUGGAGUUUGGAUAUGUGAAGAACUAACACAGUGCACAAAUCAUCCCCAGGUGAAGGAAGCAAUCAAUAUCAUAGGUGUGACUCUGAAGUUUUCCAAUAAACUGGUAGCUCAGGUAGCCUGUGAUGUUCUUCAGCUGCUGGUUUCUUACUGGCAAAGGCUUCAGAAGUAUGAAUCCUCCCUGUCCAGAAAAAUUACUGAAAUCCUUGUGGCCACUAUUGCAUUUCUUUUGCCGAGUGCUGAAUACUCCUCUGUGGAAGCUGAUAAGAAGUUUAUAGUUUCCCUGCUGCUUUGUUUGUUGGAUUGGUGUAUGGCAUUACCCAUCAAAAUGCUGCUGGAGCCUGUGUCUGCUGGUGUUCUUGAAGAUCAACACGCAUCCAAAGCUCCUUUACUGGACUAUAUUUACAGAGUUCUGCACUGUUGUGUGAAUGGUUCCAGCACGUAUACUCAGCAAAGCCAUUACGUGCUGAGUCUGGCAGAUCUCUCAUCGAGUGAUUAUGACCCGUUUUUGCCACUGGGGAAUGUCAGGAGCUCUGAGCCAUCCCAGUGCCAUUCCUCCAUGGAUUUAGGAAACCUGCUCACUGUUGCCGAGGAAAAAAAGAGGAGAAACAUGGAAUUGAUACCUUUAACAGCGCGGAUGGUUAUGACUCACCUUGUGAAUCACUUGAGCCACUACCCACUCAGUGGAGGUCCUGCCAUUCUCCACAGUCUCCUUAGCGAGAACCAUGACAACUCCUAUGUGGAGUCGUCUGAGCUGUCCUCAGAAGUCUUCCGGAGUCCCAACCUGCAGCUCUUUGUGUUUAAUGACAGUACUCUUAUAUCUUACCUCCAAAUUCCCGCAGAGAAGACAACGGACAAUGAACCAGCAGCAGCCCCCUCAGACGUAAGAGUAAUUGUCAGAGAUAUCUCAGGGAAGUACUCUUGGGACGGCAGAAUAUUGUAUGGACCUUUGGAAGGCUGCCUUCCACGGCAGAGUACAACAAAUGCAUUUGUGAUCUCAGGCAACCCUGAGCACCACUUCAUUUCACAGAAAGACAUUUCUCAGGUGGAUGAAGGAGAAGACGCUCUCGACCAACUUCUGGAAAAGAUUGGCAACACCAGUCCCGAAUGCCUUUUACAUCCACAGCGAAAGCUGAAUGAGCCAUCGCCGCCACCCUUCGGUAUGAGCUAUGACCAGGAGAAUGCCAUCACUGAAGCCCUGAUGAGGCAAAGUGACCAGGAAAAAGAGUAUAUAUUUAAAUGCAGCUCAGACUUGAGUAUGAAGGUGGCCCGCCAGGAAGAACCAUGUCCUGUUGAGCCUCAAGCAUCCUUUUAUUUCUGUCGGCUGUUGCUAAACGAUUUGGGAAUGAACUCCUGGGAUAGAAGAAAAAGCUUUCAUCUUCUGAAGAAAAAUUCAAAAUUACUGCGAGAACUGAAAAAUCUGGAUUCCCGCCAAUGCCGUGAAACUCACAAGAUUGCAGUGUUCUACAUUGCAGAAGGACAGGAAGACAAAUGCUCGAUUCUGUCCAAUGCAAGGGGAAGCCAGGCAUAUGAAGAUUUUGUUGCUGGACUGGGCUGGGAGGUUGAUCUUGCUACACAUGGUGGGUUUAUGGGCGGCCUGCAGCGCAAUGGCAGCACAGGACAAACGGCACCCUAUUAUGCUACCUCUACUGUGGAAAUAAUUUUUCAUGUGUCUACAAGAAUGCCAUCAGAUUCAGACGAUUCACUGACCAAAAAGCUUCGUCACUUGGGAAAUGACGAGGUUCACAUCGUCUGGUCUGAACACACCAGGAACUACCGCAGGGGCAUUAUACCAACAGAUUUUGGAGAUGUUUUAAUUGUUAUUUAUCCAAUGAAGAAUCAUAUGUUUUUCAUUGAGAUAAUGAAGAAACCAGAGGUGCCGUUUUUUGGUCCUCUCUUUGAUGGAGCAAUUGUGACUGCAAAGCUGCUGCCAAGCCUCAUAUGUGCCACGUGCAUCAAUGCCAGCAGAGCUGUCAAGUCACUCAUCCCUCUCUACCAGAGCUUUUAUGAGGAACGAGCUCUGUAUCUCGAAGCAAUAAUCCAGAACCAUAAAGAAGUAAUGACGUUUGAGGAUUUUGCCGCACAGGUCUUUUCUCCCUCUCCCAGCUACUCCCUCGGUGGAACUGGCUGCCUCACCACAAGUGCAAGCGCCGACCUUACUGUCACCAUAGGAAUUGAGUUAGCAGAGCAGACCUCGCCCACGUUACCACGUGCCUCGAAGAGCAGAGUGUCUGGGAAGCUUCGCCGCUCCGCGAGUGCUCUCAGCAAGUCUUCCAACUGAGGUGCUGCAGGAGCAGAACUCUGGCUGAGGGAUCCCAGGAAACCUUAAAAUAGAGAAAUUAUUUACUCCCUCUACAGAACUUGUGAUUUUGACGAGCACGCGUUUAAGGGGACAGGCAAGGGGUUUGCUCUAUGGGUGGCAGUUCUCUUGUAUUUGGACAGACACAGCCAUUAUCAACUGCGUUAUCAUCAUGCAUUUCACUCCAUUGUUUCUGUUCCAAAAAGAACGAAGAUGAUGUGGAACUCUGAGUGCAUUGGGCAGGUGGCAGCACACACAUCCCCCCCUACCCCCCUGGGCCUGUGCACAAGUACUGAUGUUGCAGUUAAAAGAGGACACACAGCAGUACUGAAACCAGUUAUGUAAUGUAACUGUAGAGCAUCGCGUUUAGUCAUUCCAGUCAACACUUAAUUGUGUCUAAAUAGAUUUUCCAUGUGAUGCACCACAUAACAAGAGUUCCCCUCCUCUGGAGUGCAGGUGAAUGAUGGAGGUGCUUUCCAGUCUGCAUUCAACUGCUGUUCCCCUUCCACUGUCGGUGGUCACCCAGCACCAAAUUUGUGCAAGAAGAUAAGAAUUAGUCAUCAGCGAGCAGGUUGUUACCUGAAAUUCAGGAGGGCACUGUUGGUUACACAAAGUGGUGGCAUCUGCAUUACAGUCCGUGCAAUCCAUGUGUCUGGUACAGACGGUCCAGAUAGUACAUUUUACUGCCUGUUACGUAAAAUCUUAAAGCUGAAGAUGCUCCUGAAGCCGCCUGGUCCAGCAGAGCAGGGCCCAGGACCUGCCUGUGCUGUGCCAGUGCCCGCCUGUGGCAGCGGGUGGUUACUGGGGUGGCAGCAGCCAGUGCGGCCCUGGGGUGCCUGUCAGCGGCUGCCAUGCCAGGUGGGUUCUGCCGUUCACCUUCACCCCUUUGCCCUCUCUCUCAGAACUGGCUUUGGGAUUGCUGUGUCAUGGGCGAUCGUGCAUGCGGUGUCUGCGCACUGUGACUUAUUCUCUACAAAGAUAACCAAAUUCCAUUUUGAAGAGCAAAUGUCGCGCUUCUGCCACAACUCCUCCUCGCCACGGUUUGACUAAUUAGACAGUGCUCCUCUUAGGUAACCACCGCACCCUGUCAUCAGGGCAACAGUCUGCAACCUGCAGCAUCUCUAGUCAGAGUAAAAUGAAUCUGAAGGCUUUUGAGGAUGCGCACGCAAACCCUGUAUUUUCAAUAGGAAGUGUCUUUCUCUAUAUGUAUCAGUUUUCUAAGGUUGAUAACUUUAUAGCUAAAACCCCGUGUUAUAAAAAUGAGAUAUUUGAGGGAAUCCUGCAGCCACUCAGUGUGAUCGAGGAUCGUCAGGAUGAAUCCAUUGAUGCUGCACCGUGAAGGGACUUGGGAGACACCGCGCACAGCAGAACGUCAGCCCCCACCUGACAGCUGCUGCAUGUGGGACCCAGCGCUGGGGCUGGGCGCCCCAUUCUGCCUGGGCUUCCCUGGCCCUCCUGGUGCACAUGGAAGAGAGGAGGAGACGGCUGUAGAGCAAAUAGUGCUGUGUUCACUUUAUUUUUGUGAUGAUUUGAACUGAUGUCAGUGCCUGUCUGUUCUCAAGCAUUGUGUCAGACCCCUCCUCACCCUCCUCGGGUCUGGUUCGCGUCAUUGCUGUUUGUUCCAUUUUCGUUUGUUCUGCCACUCAGCACUCAAGUGCGCACCUCGAAAUGCUGUGUGCUUUGGUUUAAGUGAAGCGGAUCUGGUUUUGGGUGAAGCAAAAUGCACACUGGGCCACCAUUUUUUUGCACUUCUGCGUAACGUGAAGGUCUGUCUGUGUGAGCGUCAGCAUCCAGCACCAGGGCAUCCCUGGAAAUGAGGAAUGCUGCUGUAGAUACCGCCAGUAACACUGAGCUAGCUCGACACCUCACUGUGGCCUCUGUCGGGUGGGUUACGUGGUCUGAUGGGCAGCCAGCUCGGCCCACGGUGCCCAGAGCAGAAACUGGUGGUGCCAAGCACGAACCUGGUUGGCACACAUGUGACACUGCUGUCCUGCCGGGAAGAGCCUCGUUCACUGAGGGUGUGGACUUUCUGCCUCACAUUUUGGUUUUGCUUUCUACUGAUUCUGUGUUGGUGAAGGAAAUUAGAGAAUAGAUGUUGUAUUUUAAUUUAUUUUAUUUUCAGGAGUGGACAGGCGAGGCUGCCUUGUUCCAAGUUAUCCAAUAAGUGGUCUGAAAUGAUUUCAAAGGCAUUCUGAGUGAAAGGAGAAUUUUCUCUUGGAGCAAUACGCAUCUCUAAUUCAGGGAAGGAUAAAAACACCAAUGGAAACAGUAUUUUCUUGAUGACAAAACCCUAAAAAUAUUAAUUUGUAAAAAUCCAGCUGCAGUUUUGUACAAUGAACUGGAUAACAAAGCUGUUCUGUUACCCCUCACAAACUUAAUAAACCUUGGCUCACAACAGAAUUCCUUAAGGAGCAAUAAAACAAUGUGUACGUGUGUGAUGUGUGCGGCGUCUGUGGGGCAGGGGGUGCUCCACACCAUCACGGUGACGUCGGCAGCUGCUCCCAGCCGGCUCCCGGCCAUGCGCCAUCUCUGGGUGCUGGGGCCUGGGUCCAAGCAUUCGGAGCCACUGGGCACAAUUCAGGCUGUGACAUGUUGCGGCUUUCCAGGUCUGGUUCAAACAUGAAGGGGAUGUCUUUUAAAGCUGGUGUUGGAAAUGCGGUGUCCCCAGCGUGGAUGUUGCCUUCCCACAGCACACACCGUGCUGAGCACCACAGCCACAGAGCCAGCGGCGCGUGACCAGCGGCAUCAUUUCCUGACACAAGCUCUGUUUGCAACUCCCCCAGCUCCCAUCCAUUCUCGGGGUGGCUUCUUCCCGCUCACCCCAGCUCUCUCCACUGUGCGGGGUCCAGGGAUUGGCGCACCCUCUCCGGGACAUGCUGCCACCGGCUGCAGGCUGAGGGAAUGGUUCUGUUGGGAUGAAUUCUGCCAAGCUCCUACAGAAAAAUGGCUUCUGUUUGUGUAAGGAGCAGCUUCGGGGAUAACAACAGGAUUUUAACCUUUUCUUCUAGGGGAUAAAAGUCAGUUGCAGACAUGUUCAUGUUAAAGAUUCUAUCCUUCUGUCACCAGUCGUAAGGGCAAAGCCACCCAAAAGAGACUCUGUAAAAGGUGUUUGUUUCAGGUGCAUUCCCGCAGUGAAGAGCAGUGGCUGAGUGGGCUGCGGCCAUUGCCGUUCCGCCAGAUCCAGCCUUCGCAGGACGCUCAGCCCCGUGUACAGGGUGCACCCAUGUACAGGUACUGCUGCCCCAGAAACACCUCUCUGUCUUCUCAUCCUGUGGCCACUGACCAUUGUUUUAAUUGGGGGAUUUCUUCUGUCCCAUUCCCUGAUGCAAAGACUCCUUUGCUGCUGAAUGCCAGCAGCACUGCCAUUGGAGGAGUUUCUGCAGCUCGUACUUCAGAGCCUUCAUCACACCAUCCAGGCAAGAAGAACACAUCCAUUUGAUGGAUGUUUUUGAAGCACCAGUGCUUCAGCUCCAUGUGGAUGCAGUCCCUCCGAAGAGCGCUCCCAGGACAGCACUCCUGACGCCACUGCCAUCCUGGCUGGGUGGAAGCUGUGGAGUAGGUGUGCCAGCCACUGGCUGCGGCCGCUGCUGAAGGGCUUGUGGUGGUUCACUAAGAAUAAUUCCAGACCACUGGGAAACUCCAGGCGAUGCUGUUUGUGUCCUGUCCGUGGCACAAAAUGCCGGCUGCCCGUUAAGCCAGGUAACACCCUGCUGCCAAGCAGUUUGCAUGGACAUGAAACCAAAUCUUUCUAAUGGAGAUUCUUCUGCUCUAUGGAGACAUAAAAAAUGAAGGGGCCUGUGGUCUCAGUCAUCCUUCGGUCGGGUGCUUAUGGAUUACCACAGCCUUGGGUGAGUGGGAAUGUGAGUGGAUCAUUUUGCAGUGGGAAAAGACUUGGAAAUGUCUGUUUCUUUUCUGAAAAGAGAUGGCAAAGUUCUCACCUGAAUUGUUUUCAGGUGCUUCAGUCAGGAAUGAAGAAAUUAGAGCUCUGGACAAUAACAUUACACCCCAACCAGGCAUUAGGAAUGCGGCCUCCACCCAUCUCCGGUACGGAGGAUCCCUCUUCCAGGCCCAGCACUGCCCACACUCGCAUUGUGCUUCCUACAGGCCGUUUUCCUGUACAAGGGGUUGCAAAUUGCGUAGGAUUGGGCAGGUGCAGGAACUGCUGCUCUGGGCAGCCAGAGGGGGUCUGGGGUCACCUCAGAGACAUUCCCGCAGGGAGCCAGGCAGUGUCCAGCACUGACGGGUGAGGGGCACGGCUGUGGCCCUGGGGCUGAUGCGGUCUCCUGGCCCCAGCCUGGUGGGAGCACCCCCAGGUCCCGGCACAGCCAGGGCUUCCACCGCACCCUAACCAUCAGCUUUCCUACUCUGGCUGAAGACCCUGCAGCCGAGGGGUGCUCAGUGCUGGCAUAGGAUGGCU